AUGCCAAUAAAAUGUAAAUCGACGAUCAAUCGUGGCCUUAAUGUGAUACUGACUUUUGGAGGAAGAAAAAGCGGCAGUUAUGUUAAUGGAAUUGGAUUAGCAAUGAUAGCAGAGCGGGGAACAUAUAAAAUCGACAUGGAAAACCGUGAAAAAGGCUUGGAAAAUGACAAUAAACAUCUCUAUGCUAAUCGCUCAAUCCGGCAAAAUAUCUCAAUAAGAGCUUUGAAUAACAAACAGCAUGAUUUUAAAUGUAAAUGUAACAACCGUAGAGAAUGA